AUGGCCCCCAAACUCUCGGACUCUGUGGAGCGGCUGCGCGCCGCCGGCAACCAGAGCUUCCGCAACGGCCAGUUCUCCGAGGCCGCCGCGCUCUACAGCCGCGCGCUGCGGGUGAUGCAGGAGCAAGGUUCUGUGGACUAUACAGAAGAAAGUGUUCUCUACUCCAACCGGGCGGCAUGCCACUUGAAGGAUGGGAACUGCAGAGAUUGCAUCAAAGAUUGCACUUCAGCACUGGCCUUGGUUCCCUUCAGCAUGAAGCCCUUGCUGCGGCGAGCAUCGGCCUAUGAGGCCCUGGAGAAGUAUCCCCUGGCCUACGUGGACUACAAGACUGUGCUGCAAAUUGAUGACAGUGUGAUGUCAGCCUUGGAAGGGGUCAACAGAAUGACCAGAGCCCUCAUGGACUCCCUUGGGCCGGAGUGGCGCCUGAAACUGCCCUCUAUCCCCUUGGUGCCUGUUUCAGCUCAGAAGAGGUGGGAUUCAGAAUACCACAACGAGACACCGAAAGGCAAAUCCAAAGAAACCACAACUGCCAAGAGCAGAGUGCCUUCUUCUGGGGAUGUGGAGAGAGCCAGAGCUCUGAAGGAAGAAGGCAAUGAGCUUGUAAAGAAGGGAAACCAUAAGAAAGCUAUUGAGAAGUACAGUGAAAGCCUCUCCUAUAGUAACCUGGAGUCCGCCACGUACAGCAACAGAGCGCUCUGCUAUUUGGCUCUGAAGCAGUACAAGGAAGCAGUGAAGGAUUGCACAGAAGCACUCAAGCUGGAUGGGAAGAAUGUGAAGGCAUUUUACAGACGGGCUCAAGCCUAUAAGGCACUCAAGGACUAUAAAUCCAGCUUUGCAGACAUCAACAGUCUCCUGAAAAUCGAGCCUAAGAAUGUCCCUGCACAGAAGUUGCAGCAAGAAGUUAACCAGAUCUUAAACUAA